GAGCAUCGGAAGAUGAUAGAAUUAGGAAAGGAGGAGGAGACGGUCAUUCUCAUAGCGGCGAUUCCGUGGACGCGGUGGUUGCAGUGAGCAAUCCAGAAGGCUCAGCGGGUACUAGAGCUGUAAACCAGACAUCAUAUGGCCAGUCUCCCGAGUCAAGGGCUGUAUCCUUCACAUGGGAUCAUCUAUCUGAAGCGGAUGGGAACGAGAAUGACACACGACCUCUGCAGCGUCCCGAAGCAGUGUCUGAUUUGACUGGCUUGGUCAAGUCGUUGGAGAAAUUUGCCGCAUACGAAGGCACUCAUUCAAAUAUAUUCAAGGGUAAAUGGGGGGAAAAGCUCGUGGCCAUCAAGGUCCUUAGAGGUUCACGACUAAAUGAGACAACCAGCCGGGAUUUUGGAAAAUACGGUGCUCUGAUAUCUCCUGUAAGAAUCUGGCCCUCAGAGUCAUGGAACCCUUCAAUUCAUCUCAUCCACAGUGGUGUGAAGGCGGGAAUGCCAGACAAUAUCUUACACGAGCCGAGAGAACGGCAUCACAUAGAUUCCAGCUCUGCAAUACAAUACCUGCAUUCUCAGGAUCCUCCACUAAUACAUGGUGACCUAAAGCCGGCAAAUGUUUUGGUUGAUGCUACAGGAAGAGCUCAAGUAUGCGACUUUGGCUUAGCGAGGUUGCUUUCUGAAGAAAGUAUGGGAAUGACAACAACCUCUGCACAUACCGGGACGAUGAGGUAUCUAGCCUAUGAGCUUGUUGUUGCGGAUGAAACUCCUUAUGCCAAUCGUCGCAAUCCUGCUCAGAUAUACCGAGACAUGUCGCAGAACAUUCCACCAUCCAGGGAGAUUCCUCUUGAUGGUCCACCUUCAGUAGAAAUACAAAGCCUUUGGGAUAUCUUGAAUUCGUGCUGGGCUACGGAUCCUGGUGCUCGCCCUUCAGCCGAGGAGGUCAGAGUGCUUGUAAUCACGAAUGGUUCGGGUUUCAUUACUGCAUUGGGAUCAGACUUUGUCUUGGCCAAGGAAUGA